GUUUCCCUCUAUAAAUGCUCUAUUUGCUCUACAAUAUUUAAGCAGAGAAUUCAAAAAUGUAAUAAUUCUCUUUCAUUGAUUAUUCCACUAUCCAAUCCUCAUUUAGUCAAGACACAUUUUCGACCCUGAAAUUCAAGCUCAAAUUAGAGCUUGAGUCUGACGGUGGCACUGAUAUCGCCGAGGAGUUUCUCUUCCAUCAGUGACACAGCAUGGGCCAAACCAAAACAGAAAGUUUUGCACAAAGAAGACUUUUCGAUAAAUAAUCCCCAUUGAGCAACCGUGAGCAGCGCAUAAAGUUAUCAGGGGCAGAGUGUGGUGUAUUAUGUUCCUCAAGCAAGCGCAAUGGCGAUGAGUGGCUUCAUUCAGCAGACACAGAACAGGAACCAAUACGAGUCAUCUAGGAGGAGUCUCGUUCACCAUCUCAUGACAGUGGUGAAGGAUCUGCAAAAGCGCUACGGUGGUAAAACUGAAUUGGCCACGGAGAGCGAUCACAAUGUCUUGAGGCUAUGCGACAGCUGGGAAUACGCCCUCUGUCACGGACUGCGGAUGGGCUCAUUGCUCAAGAGUGUGAGUGACUUGAUGUCGGGCGUGAAUCAAGAGCCUCCCGUAUUCUGGGCAUUCGCACAUCAGCACAUGACGACGCACGAGCGGGAACGCUUCUCGUCACUGAGACAUGUUUGGACGGAUCGCGGGAAGUGUCGGGCUUUCAUCCGUGCAGCGCUGAAUGAGCGUUCUCUGGAGCGAUAUAUACUCAUGUGGCUGGCUGACUCGAAUCUGGGGCUGCACUAUGAGUCCUGGGCGCUGAUAAGGGACGAGGAGGCAUCGAAUCUUCUGCCUACUCUCGCAGCUGGACUCAGUUCCAUCCUGUUCGCCAUCACUGUCGACAGCCCGGACGUGAAUAUGAUGGCCAGACGGGAGUUGAAGGUGGAGCCCAUUAUAGCUGUGCCCAAGCCUGUCCAACCACAUCCCAUUCGGAAGCCCCACAAGCAUCAGGUGAUAGAGUUUGAUGAGGCGGGUCUCUCAAUUAGCCCUGUGGCCAGUGGAACGCUCUCGAGCCUAUGUCUGAAGGCCGAGAGGGUCCCUCAUCCGCCGGAGAAUAUUCAGAGCUCUCAUGUUGUCACACCUAUCUCUGAGAAAGCCAUGGAAGAUGCUGAUGACACUUCGAAAACGCCCCCAAGUUCGCCAAAUAAAGUAUUUACACCGCCCAGUGACUCGGGAAUCAUGGUGGAGGAAGCCACGACGUCUGAGGGCAGUUUCGACGACUCCUCUCUGCAUAGCUCCUCAAAGACCUCCUCAAUCCGCAGCUCCACGAGUUCUGUGGUGUCUGAGGACGUAAAUCAGCUUCGCGAGCACCUGCGGAAAGCUGAAGAACGCUGCCAGCGUCUGGAGACUCGCGUGGCGGAGCUGAGUCUUGAGAAUCACCGCUUGCGGGGCCUCAGCUCAACCCAUAGCGCCCCAGGAGCCACCUUCACCGUGAGUGUGCCGCGCGUUCGGCUGGAGAAGUCAGGCUCUCGCAAGUAUUACACUUACGAGGUUCAUGUCAUUCCCACGAAUCAGCCCGGAGACGAAUGGACUGUUCUGCGUCGCUACAGUGACUUUCAUCGACUCCACCGGCAAUUCCAGAAAAUCCACCCUGGCGUCCGGAGCCUCGAUUUCCCGCCAAAGAAGAGCUUUGGCAACAUGGAAGCCCACUUUGUGGAGCAACGUCGCCAAAGGCUCCAGCUGUACCUCCGCCACAUCCUCACAAUGCUCCCAGACGUGGCGUGCUGCACGAGUCGCACAAGUCUGGAGCAGGUUUUCCCCUUCUUAAAGUAAGGCCGAUCUCUCACACUAUUGCCCUAUUUAAUGUUCUUUUCUCCGUAAUGUGUUGAGAGUACAUGAAGUUUAUAAAUGUCGAAAAAGAGAUUGAUGUCAAAUCUGCUGUGGCUUGAGAUAAAACUCUUUCCGGGAGAGAUAAUCUCUUCCCAUUCCUCUUCGUUGCCCCUCUUGUGCUGCUGCAACUAGACACUCAUCAGCAGUUGGACAUUGGUGAAGCGAAUCUGGAACAAAUACGAGAUAAACUAUUAUUUUUACUGCAAACUGUUUCUAAAGAGAUUUAAUAAAUGGGUACAACUUGUGCUCUGUGUUAGA